UCUCUCUCUCUCUCAACCAGUGUUAAAGAAAAACACACUUUUCUCUAAUGGCUUCUUCUUCACCAACUCUCCCUUCCGACGUUAUACGUUCCCAUAUUUUAACCCGAAUAUCCCCGGAAACCCUAGGCAGUUGCAGACUUGUCUCGAAGGAAUGGUACCACGCCACCUAUGACUCCUUCAAACUAUUUUGUGAGAAAACCAACACAACAUAUGGCUUCUUCCUUCAGAGCAAGUUCUACCCAAACCGUGUUUGCACCUUCUUACCAGUGGAAGAUAACAUCGACAACUCCAAAACUAUUUCGCUUAGGUUCUUACAUUUUCCCUACAGUAUUGAAGCCGCCGAUCGAGGUUUACUCGUUGGCGUGAGCCAUAAAAACCAUAAGAUUCCUCGCUACUUUGUUUGCGCUCCUACUGCUCAAUACUGGAAACAAAUACCAAACCCUAAGACAAGGUAUUUUACUCGGGGCACUGCUGUUACCGUGUUGAGGUCGAGUUCGAACCCAGUUUUGAGCAGCUGGUUUAAGAUUAUUCGAUUAUCGAAGCCCGAGACCAACCCCUCAUAUGAAAACCACUCUAUAUGCGAAGUCUUUGAUUCAAACACUUGGUCUUGGAAGCAGCUGAACGAUGUGAUUUUACCUCACUUGGUUUUCUUGGACACCAAGUCACCUGUUUCAGCGUGCUGUGCGCUGUACUGGCAUCUUACCAACAACCAAAUACUGGCUUUCUAUCAAGACAAAGAAACCUGGGAAACCUUCGCGCUACCGCACCCUAUGUGCAACGACGUGCAUUGGAAGUACAGUUUAACCGCUUACCAAGGCCGUCUCGCGUUGGUUCGGAAAGGAGGUGAUGAGUUCAUGGAAUACUGGAUAAUGGAAGACCGCCGAGAAAAAUUAUGGAGUGAGAGGAAAAGACUAAGCACCCGAGGGACUUCCGUUGUAGCAUUCUGCGACAGUGACGUUGCGCUUGUGAAGGAACAUGGGAAAAUGAUAUUUUACAAUUUUAAAGAGUGCAAAGUAUCCAAGCUAGUGGAACUAGAGAGCUGGCAUGAGCCGGAUUAUAUUUUCAGUUUUCCGGCGACAAAAAAUCCGGGAAAUAUUGCCGAUCAUGUCACUCACAACUUAGCUUGGGGCUGGUGUUUCAAGUUCAUCCUUUUGUUGUUCUUCAUUACCUUGUUUUGGUGACAAUCAACGACGGCAAUGUGUUUUGCUGUGGUAGCAACAGGGCGGUUAGGGUUUCUUUCUUUCUGUGUGUUGUUUUCUGUGUUUUGUUGUGGGCUCAACCUUUGGGUUGAGGUUUUUGCUUUGAGGUCCAUCCGUUAGUGUUGUUUGUUUUGUAGAUGGGCCUUUGUUUGUAAUGUUUGUUGUUUUGGUAAAAUUCCUUGAUAAAAAAAAAAAAAAAAAAAAAAAAAAAAAAAACCAAAUGAUUGAGUACCCAUUUUCAGAGGUGAUAUUGAUGAUAUAUGGGUUUUAUUUCUUAUUUUUUCAAGAGACAUUUAAUUCUACCUCAACCCUAGCUUUUAUUCACGUUUUUAUUGCAGAAAUACAAUGAUGUGGCCUAAUAAUACCUCCAUCUGUAUUAUAGAGUGUGUCAGCUUUGGACAUAACCAAACCUAAUGAAUUCAAACAAUUUAGUUUAGCUUAAUCACUUGAAAAGUAUAGUUAAUCUU